CCAGACAGAAACUCCUUGAAGAAGCCAGCUUCCACUUUCAAACACUGUCUCCGACAUGAAUACUCAAAUACCGCUUCAAGUGUCACUCUUCAUCCCUCUGAAUCGAAACCCUUCAUUUUCAUUCUCACCUUUUCGUUGGAACCAAACGCCAUUUGGGGUUCGUAAAAUCCCGCGCUUUGUGGUGAGUGCAGGCCCCAAGAAGAUAUUGUUCGGCAAAGAGUGCAGAGAGACCUUACAAGCCGGAAUUGAUAAACUCGCCGAUGCUGUCUCUCUUACCGUUGGACCCAAAGGACGUAAUGUUAUUCUUUCUGAAUCUGGAAACCUUAAAGUGAUUAAUUCAUCUCAAUUUUAG